UCCUUUGUCACGUUUUCGUUUCCUUCAUUAUCCUUUUGAUUUCCAUUGCUGCUCUAUAAAAGUACUCAUGGACGCAUAUGGAGAUGCAGAUCAUUCAUGGCGACUGCACAAACACGAAAAAUUAGUGUGUUAAUGUUUCCAUGGUUAGCUCAUGGACACUUAUCUCCUUUCCUAGAGCUAUCCAAGAAGCUCGCCAACAGAAACUUCCAUGUCUACUUCUGUUCCACUCCUGUAAAUCUUGAUUCCAUCAAGCCAAAAUUAUCUCCAGAGUACCACUUUUCUAUCCAAUUUGUGGAGCUCCAUCUUCCAUCAUCGCCGGAGCUGCCUUCUCACUACCAUACCACAAAUGGCCUGCCACCCCAUCUCAUGAAAACUCUGAAGAAAGCCUUUGAUAUGGCAAGCUCUAGCUUCUUCAAUAUUCUCAAGACUCUAAACCCAGAUUUGCUUAUUUAUGAUUUUCUUCAACCAUGGGCACCUGCUCUAGCUUCGUCUCUAAAUAUACCUGCUGUGAACUUCCUGUGUUCUUCCAUGGCCAUGUCUUGUUUUGGACUGAAUCUGAAUAAAAACAAGGAGAUAAAAUUCCUUUUUCCAGAGAUAUAUCCGAGAGAUUAUAUGGAAAUGAAGCUUUUCAGGGUAUUCGAAUCUUCUUCCAACCAGAUAAAGGAUGGAGAAAGAGCUGGUCGAUGCAUUGAUCAAUCUUUUCAUGUGAUAUUGGCGAAGACUUUCAGAGAACUCGAAGGAAAAUACAUUGAUUAUGUCUCUGUUAAGUGCAACAAGAAGAUAGUUCCUGUUGGUCCUCUCGUUGAAGACACUAUCCACGAAGAUGAUGAAAAAACAAUGGAUCAUCAUCAUCAUCAUCAUGAUGAGGUCAUUAAAUGGUUGGAGAAGAAAGAAAGAUCAACAACAGUUUUCGUUUCAUUUGGCAGUGAAUAUUUUCUUUCCAAGGAAGAGAUGGAAGAGAUAGCUCAUGGGUUAGAGCUCAGCAAAGUAAACUUCAUUUGGGUUGUGAGGUUUCCUAAAGGAGAGAAAAUAAACCUGGAAGAAUCUCUGCCUGAGGGAUAUCUUGAGAGGAUUCAAGAGAGAGGAAAGAUUGUUGAAGGUUGGGCUCCACAGAGAAAAAUACUUGGCCAUUCAAGCAUUGGAGGAUUUGUGAGUCACUGUGGAUGGAGUUCUAUAAUGGAGAGCAUGAAACUUGGAGUGCCAAUAAUAGCCAUGCCCAUGAAUCUUGAUCAGCCUAUAAAUUCAAGAAUAGUAGAGGCGGCUGGUGUGGGCAUAGAGGUGAGUAGAAAUCAAAGUGGAGAGCUUGAAAGAGAAGAGAUGGCAAAGACAAUAAGGAAGGUGGUGGUGGAGAGAGAAGGUGUAUAUGUGAGGAGGAAAGCAAGAGAAAUGAGUGAUGUCCUUAGAAAGAAAGGAGAGGAAGAGAUUGACGGAGUGGUGGAUGAAUUGGUUCAGCUUUGUGAUAUGAAAACAAAUUAUUUAUAG